AUGGCGGAUCUCCUUGCUGCAGUCACCUUGACGUCGCAUGCGUCUGAGACUGAAGAUAAUGCUGCCCACGGUCUACUUGUAGGUUGGCGCGACCCGAGCAAGUCCAAAGAAGCGACGCCAGCUUUCACACAUAUCCCACUAUGUCUACUACCAAUGCAAUUUCCUAGAACUCAUUUCGAGCAUGGUGUGAAACUAUCAGCGUUAUAUGGUCGACUGGUUGACCGCAUAAGUCGUGAUGUGGAUUGGCUACACAGCUGCGUACAAGGUGUCGUCACCGAAGACGCAUUCACGGCGCGACUGUUAGAGCUCUCGCGGCUUGUGCACCAAGAAGGCGUGCAACAAAAAGCUUAUCUAGGUCUACAUCGCUCUGAUUAUAUGCUGCAUGAGCCACAGAUAGACAGUGCUGGAGAUUCACAGCGUUUACUACAAGUGGAACUCAAUACCAUUUCGUCAUCUUUUGCCUGUAUCAGCUCGCUCGUCUCGGACAUGCACAGGUUCUUAAUCAGCAGAUUUGGAGCAGAGAUUCCGGGUUUGGAAAAGUAUUAUGGCAUUACAUCGUCCGAUUUUCAACGCGCACUGCCCCAGAAUGAUGCAAUAAACGAACUGCCGAAUGCUUUAGCGGCUGCACACAAGCAUUACGGAGUUGACGACGCUGUCGUCACGUUUGUAGUCCAACCGAAUGAAGCUAAUGCCAUCGACCAGCGCUGGAUUGAAUACAAUUUGUGGGAGCACCACAAAGUUCGGGUUCUGCGUCGUACGCUAGCUGAAGUGAACGCGCAUGGAAAGCUCGUGGACCGAAAUGGAAAUCGUACCCUUGAGCUUGAUGGGCGAGAAGUGUCGGUUGUAUACUUUCGCUCUGCGUAUACGCCGAGUGACUACCCGACUGAGCACGAGUGGGCUGCUCGUACUCUAAUCGAGCGCUCGUACGCCAUCAAGUGUCCGUCGAUUGCUUACCACUUGGCCGGUACCAAGAAGGUGCAACAAGUUCUUUCACAGCCUACGGUUUUACGUCGAUUUAUGUCCGAAGAAGAGGCUCAGGAACUAGAGAUGUCGUUCACUGAACUCUACGGACUUGAAAAAGAAUCUGCGACUGUUGAAGAUAUCAAAAGGAUGGCUAUCACAAACCCCCACUCUUAUGUUUUAAAGCCCCAACGUGAAGGUGGAGGAAACAAUUUGUACGGCGAUGAAGUUGCUGCGGCUUUAAAAACAAUGAGUUCUACUGAACUCGAAUCAUACAUAUUAAUGAAGCGGAUUUUUCCGAAAGAGGUUGCUGCUGUACUCGUGCGCAACAACGUCACAUCUAGCGGUCCUACAAUUAGUGAGCUUGGUAUGUUUAUCACAAGCCUGUUUGACAGCGAAGGAAAGGAGAUUUUAAACAAGCACGCUGGUCAUCUGCUUCGCACGAAACUAUCAAGUACUAAUGAAGGUGGUGUAGCUACGGGUUUCUCUGUCGUGAGCAGUCCGCUGCUAAUUUAA